UACCUUUUUCGCCUUCUCUCUGUUGACACCUUUCCUUGCUUUUCACUUCUCUUUAUCUCAUGUGAAUACAUUUCACUAUGGAUUUUAUGUUUGAAUUUAGGAUGUGGGUUUGAAAAGAUUUCAGUGAAGGAGAAGGAACGGUCUAAAUUAUAAUGGAGAAGAAGAAGUAUCCAAUUGGGCCGGAGUAUUAUAUACUGCAUGAGGAGGUGGGGCACGGUGUUAGUGCUUCCGUGCGCCGAGCUCACUGUAUACCUUUUGAUGAAGUUGUUGCAAUAAAAAUUCUUGAUUUUGAACGUGAUAACUGUGAUCUGAAUAAUAUUUUUCGUGAGGCACAAACAAUGGUCUUGGUUGACCAUGCAAAUGUUCUUAAAUCACAUUGCUCCUUUGUUAGCGAACAUAAUCUAUGGGUUGUCAUGCCAUACAUGUCUGGUGGAUCUUGUCUUCAUAUACUAAAGGCUGCAUAUCCUGAUGGUUUUGAGGAGGUAGUUAUAGCAACGGUACUUCGUGAAGUGUUGAAAGGUUUAGAGUAUCUUCAUCAUCAUGGGCACAUACAUCGGGAUGUUAAAGCUGGGAAUAUUCUCAUUGACUCCAAAGGUGGAAUCAAGUUGGGGGACUUUGGUGUUUCGGCUUGCAUUUUUGAUUCAGGUGAUAGGCAACGCAUGAGAAAUACAUUUGUAGGGACACCUUGCUGGAUGGCACCUGAGGUUAUGGAACAGCUGCACGGUUAUGAUUUCAAGGCGGAUGUCUGGUCGUUUGGUAUAACUGCACUAGAGCUUGCUCAUGGCCAUGCUCCUUUUUCAAAAUAUCCUCCAAUGAAGGUAUUGCUUAUGACUUUGCAAAAUGCACCUCCUGGCCUGGAUUAUGAAAGAGAUAAGAAGUUUUCUAAGUCUUUCAAGCAAAUGAUUGCUAGUUGCUUGGUGAAAGAUCCUUCAAAAAGACCUUCAGCAAAGAAGUUAUUAAAACAUCCUUUUUUUAAGCAAGCAAGGUCAAAUGACUAUAUAGCGCGAACACUUCUCGAUGGUUUGCCUGCUCUUGGUGACCGUAUCCAGGCAUUGAAGAGAAAAGAAGAAGAUAUGCUUGCACAAAAGAAAAUGCCAGAUGGUGAAAAGGAAGAAUUAUCACAGAGUGAAUAUAAACGUGGGAUAAGUGAAUGGAAUUUCAAUCUUGAAGAUGUGAAAGCUCAGGCUUCCCUGAUUCAGGAUGAAGACAUUAUAUCUGAAACUACCCAGGGAGGGAGUUCCAGUUCUUUGUGCAUGCUUGAUGGACAAGAGAAGCAAUCAGAAUUUCACCCUUCUCUGGCCACACAUAAGCUUCCACAGGAAGAUAAUUAUCUGGGCCAGAAUCAACCAGUUCCUUGUGCAGCAGUUGAACCAACAACAAAUAUUGCCAAAGCUAGGUCUGAAAGAUCGGAUGAUGACUCAAGCUUUGCUAGUCCCUCAAAUGAACUGAAUAUGAUUUCACCUUGUCAUGAUGAUCAUGUUGAAAGCCAUCUAGCAGAAAAGGCUGUUCUGGAGCUCAAUGGAAAAUUUUCUGAUAAUAUGAUCAAACCUUGUUAUCAAAGGGAAGCAGCUUUAGGGAGCAGCACAACACCAGAAACCCUUGUUCUUCCAAUUAAAGGAGAAAGUGAUAAGCAAAACCAGUCCCAUAAUAUUUCUGGUCUCAAUGGAGUGGUAGUAGAAGAGGAUACUAUUUCAGAGCUUCCUUCUAGGGCAUCUACUAAAUCAUCAGCAGUGAACAGUGAUGACAUUGAAGAGAAAGUAAAGCCACCUGUUGUUCAGCAAAGGGGCCGUUUUAAGGUUACAUCUGAGAACCUUCAAUUGGAGAAGGUUGCGGCAUCUCCUGUGCUACAAAAGAGUCACAGCAUGCAGUACAUGGGCCCACAUCCUUCCCUUUCAGCAGCAGCACUAUCAGUAGUAAUGCCGUCCGAUGCUGCAUCGUCAUCAUCAGCUCCUGCUACUGCAUCAUCAACCCCUCCGGCCACAUCAUCAGCUCCAGCUAAUCAUCUUUUUCCAUUGUUGCAGUCCGUUUUGCAUACAAACAUUCUUCAAAGGGAUUAUAUUCUCAAUCUAAUGAAGCAAAUUUCUGGUUGCGACUCUACAGCCAACCGUCCAUUUGAGGGAGCAUGCAUGCCAACCAAUUUGGCGGUCUCAGACAAAUCUUUGUUGGAAGUAGCUCAUGAUAGGGAGAAGGAGUUGCUUCAUGAAAUAUCGGAGUUGCAGUGGAGGCUCAUUUGUGCUCAAGAAGAACUGCAAAAAUAUAAAACAGAUAACGCUCAGUUCAGGUGUAAAUUUAUUUCAAACCGGAGCAUUGACGGAGGCAAUGUGAUCUCUUAAACCGUACAAUUCUAGCAAAAGCUAAAACUGGAAAAAUAUUAGAAACAAAUAUGAUCAAAAGACAGGAUUUGGUAGCUCGAUAUUCGCUUUGGUAUAAACGUCACGGUUUAAAGCGGUUGAGACUAGAACCCUAAACCUGUUGGAGACUAGUUUUUAAUGGUGACUAUGAAUCAAUUAAGCUUGGAAUUUAUAGAUUAUAGGUUGAUGCUUUCUUUUACCAUAUAUAGGUUGUUUCACAGUAUUUGCUGAUAAGAAAAUUUAUUUGAAACUGCCUGAUUUGUUGUA